GUUUUAGCUAGUUUUAAAGGCAGGUGUUCGUGCGCGCAUUUGGGUGUGGCUAAAGGAAGCAGGUGCGCGCGCCCUACAGGUGAACCCGUCACACUUCAGCACGCAGAGCUCGAGAGAUGCUUGAUAUCCGUGAAACGUUCAUUUACACGUGAUCCAUACAGUAAUUACUAUUUUUAGGUUAAAUUAACCAUUUCUAAACUAGGUUUUUAUUCUUUUUCGUCUUUUUGGCAGACUUGAACGGCGCAGAUUUGAACGGCGUAUUUGGCGGUCAGAUAUCAGAUAAGUAGCCUCUUAUCUGCAGCCUUUUAUAGCGAUAACCUAAACUAAUAAAUGGAUCGUUUAAAGUUGGUUCUGCAGUAUUUCCAGUCGAAUUCUGAGUCCAUCUCCAAUGGUAUCUGUAUAGUAUUGUCACUGAUAAGCGUCAAGUUGUAUACAAGUUUUGAUUUCAACUGUCCCUGUUUACCGCAAUACAAUAAGAUGUACGCACUAGGGGUCAUGUUCGUUCCUCCAGUUAUUUUGUUCCUUUUGGGAGUGUUAGUUAAUCGCCAUACUGGGGUGCUGAUGGAGGAGUGGGUUAGACCCCUGGGCAGGAGGACAAAAAAUCCAGCAGUGGUAAAGUUUUUGCUGUCAUCAAUGUUGCAACGGUCCCUUCUCGCCCCCAUGGUCUGGAUCCUGAUGACACUCUUGGAUGGAAAAUGUUUCAUCUGCGCAUUUAGUAUGAACGUAGACCCUAAAUAUUUUACAGGAAUACCAAACAGCACUGGCCUGGAAUUGAUCAAGAUCAUGGCUAAGGUGCCUUGCAAAGAAGACGUCAUCUUCAAGAACAGCAGUUUUCGGAAAGCUGUCUCACGCUACGUGCGUUGUUACUCUCAGGCAAUAGGCUGGUCAAUCCUCCUCUUCUUCAUUUUUUUGGGCACUGUUGGUCGUGUCCUAAAGCCUUGCUUCAAUCACGCCACUUUUCUGCAGACACGCUACUGGAGCAACUACCUGGACAUCGAGCAGAAGCUCUUCGAUGAGACCUGUGUCCUUCAUGCCAGAGAUUUUGCCAGAAAAUGCGUGGUGCAGUUCUUUGAAAGCAUGCGAGAGGAUGUGACUGUGAGGAUGCCACUCUCAAGCGCAUUCAGACCCAGCACGAUCCGUAAUGAGUAUGAAGAGGAGGAAGAAGAGGAGCGUCUGCAUGGUAUAACCAGGCAUGAUCAGGUGGACCACUUGCUGCAAACCUGGUAUGAGUGCAAACCAGAACUGGACGUGACCAGGAUGGCCUAUAAGCCCAAAGUGUGUAUCACGUGGGAAGAUAUUAAUGGAAAGGCAUUGUUCUCUGAAGUGUAAAGCUGUUGGGGAAAAAAAAGUCAUAAAAUAAAAAAUACCUCUUAAAUUAGAAUUAUUGUCAGUUGUGAAAUAUUAAUAAAGAUGUUGAAAAAAUGUUGCCCCUAGAAAUGUAAUAAUUUGAGAACUAAUUGACUAUUUAACGUUAUUUCAGUUAAUCUUAAAAAGCUUGCAUGUUGGUGGAAUGGAUAUAUAAUAAUUAUGUAUAAUUUCUGUCUUCAUCAAUAUUGCAAUGGGAUUCCGGUGCAGUGAUGCCUGAAUGCAGAAUGUUUCCUCUUCAUAGAAUGUAGAACCCAAACAUUUUUCAAUUGUAAUGUUCAGAAAGCCUUGUUUUAACCUUCCUCGAGCGCCUGCAUGCUUGUUCGUUUGAAUAUGCUGGGAUUUAGUUUGUGUAUUUUUGCAUGUCUCUUUCCACACACAUUACACAACAACCUCAUGGACAAGGCUUGGAUGCAAAUUACUACAGAACCCUGGCAACACCUGAAGAAAUUUGUUUUAUAUGAAUUUGUAUAUAUAUUGUGUGUGUAUAUAAAUAUAUCUAUUAACAAUAUUGAUUAAUAAAACA